GACUGUGUGUUCUGUGAACAGAAACAAUACAAUUGUGGAAGUAUGUCGUACGACCUUCCAAAUGAUGAGAAGGUGAAGAUCUGUGCCGACUUCAUACAGACUGGCCCACCCGGACAGUUCACAGACGUCUACAACGAUGUCCGUGCUCUUCUCGGCGAUGACGAACUUCUCAAAGACACGGCACCUGCUGCCGCUAAACUGCACAGGGAUUCGUUCCUCUCCGUAGAACUGCCCGAAGAAAAUGGCAAACCUGCUGUCCGGGCGAUGGUAACCCCACAUGGCAACACCAUAGAUAGUUGUUAUCUCGAACCCCGCACACAACGGACAUUCUCAUUUAACCCUAUCAGUCGAUUGGUAGAGAGUAUUGAAGCGGCGGAGAUAAAUACUGAUGAAGACGCGGAGGCUUGUCGACAAGCAAUCCAGACCGCUGUUGACGAGUAUGUGGAGCAAUACUACGUCGAUGGGACGUCCACUGUGUACUGUAAACAAGAGGGCGGUUGCAACAUAUACACAGUUUGCAUUGAGUCGCACAAGUUUUCGCUUGCAAACUUCUGGUGCGGAAUGUGGACCAGUGAGUAUUUCAUAUCCACAGAGAAUGGCAGCGCCGAGAUCAGAGGGAAGAUCAAAAUGCGCGUGCACUACUUUGAGGACGCAAACAUUCAGCUGCAGGCGGGCAAGGAUGUCAACGAAACCAUUUCGUCUUCGAGUACGGACGAUCUUGCCGAUAAGGUUGGAAAGUACCUUCUGAAGUGCGAGGGCACUUAUCAAUCAGCUGUGAACGAGAACUACAUUGCGAUGGCUGGCGAUUGUUUCAAAAGCUUACGACGGGCUCUACCGAUCACCAAAUCUAAAUUGGACUGGGGCAAGAUAGCUUCGUACCGUGUCGGUGAUGAAAUCUCUAAAAAAUGAGUGCCCAAGUGGCUGGCAACGAGACGCAAAAGAUGCUUCACGCGUCUGAUACACAAACUACUCUUAAAAGGUGGGAAUAAAAUUAAGAUACGACUAAAUAGCAAC